AUGGCGCCCCUGGUCGGCCGCCGCGUGAUCGUCGACGGCCUCUCCUCCAAGCCCGAGCUCAACGGCAGCCGCGGCAUCGCGGUCGGCUUCGACGAGGACAAGGGCCGCUACACAGUCCGGCUCGAUGCGGGCGAGGGCGGCUUCGGCGACAUAGAGUUCGCAGCGUACGACAAAGGGUGGAACGAUGCGCUCGAGAAGCGAAAGUACGCGCCCCUUGCCAUGGCGGGCACCCUGAUCUACCAGAUGGGUGCACCGGGCGGGCAGCCGUGGAGCGCCGCGAACGCCAUUGCCGGCGCACGAAACAUGAACCCGAUGACGCUCGUCUUCCUGCUCAACAUGCUGUCGGGCCUCUUCUGA